UUGCGCUACGUGCAGCGGAGUUUAGCGGAAAUAUACGAACUGUGCCGAACAAUUCACAUUCUCGUGCGCAACGUGAUUUCGUGUUGAACUGCGUGGUUUAUUUCAUGGCGUGGAAAAUUUCGGCAGGCUGAGAAAACAUUUGAAAUGGAUAGACAGUUAGAAGGUCGUGCUGCAGAGUUCUUUCAGCAUCAGAAGUAUGCGGAAGCUGCUGAUGUCUACACUCAAUGCCUUGAGGUGGCCAAGGAACAGAAUGACAGAACCAACCUGCUUCUGAACAGAGCUUCCUGCUACCUUAAACAGUCACUGUAUGCAGAAGCCUUGGGAGACUGUGAUGAAAUUUUAAAAGAUGACGAAGUGAAUGAAAAGGCUUUGUGGAAGAAGAUAAAGGUGUUGUGUUUUCAAGGGAGUUUUCAUGAUGCCCACAACCUGGCCACUGACUGGAUACAGAAAGAUCCCGAGAAUGCAUUAGCUGCAAAGGAAUUAAGACGUCUUGAAAUAGUCAUGGGUUGCUUCAAAGACAAGGAAGCAGAAGUGGGUGAACAGAAUGCUGAAGGCACAGAGUCCAACAGCUCAGCUAGGUCAUACUCCUCUGUGGCUGCUUCUGCCAACUCUAACAAUAGUUCCCCACAAUAUUCAGCUGUAGUUUCAGGCGCUCAACAUGGACACCAGUCCCAAAGUGUCCCAUCCCCUAGCAGGGAAGGUCACACCUCUCAGAGCCUUAACCCAUUAGCCACAGAGUUUGUCCCCAGAUGGCAGCACUAGUAUUUCCACAUCCCUGAGAUUAGAAAACACUUCAUGAUCUUGGUCAAAGUUUUAUAUUAUGCAUUUCCUCAUGGUAAAGCAAUGCAAAACAAAGGAUGCUGGUACAUGAUGAGCCAGUCCCUGGAUCGGUUUGAAACACGAAACCAGACAUUUACUGUUGGCUCGCUGGCUUUCCUUUCUUCAGUGUGAGAUCUUUUCCUCAUGUUUUGACAGUCUGCAUGUCACGCAUUAACUUUUCAAAUCACAAGUCCGCAUGCUUGUUAACAGUGUACUGAUUUUAGUUUUUAAGAAUUCCCAACAAAAAAGAUGUAAGAGUGUGUCCUAGUCCACAAUUUAAUUCCAAGACUAAUGAAAUCUGCUGCCGCUUAUUUGACAGACUUCUUGGCAGGACAAGUCUAUUCAUGUGUGACAUGUGAUGUCAAGUCUUUUGAUUUUACAACUGAGAAUUCUCUUUACCUUCCUUUCAAACAUUGCUCUUUUUGGUUGUCAGUUUUACAAAAAUAUUGUUGUGUGACUAGUGGAAAUGACAUUUUCCUGUCGUCCAAAAUGGGAAUGAGACACAUUUUAGGUAUGACCUUAGAUGAUUUUAUUCUGUAUUUUAAAUUUUAAGUUUGUUUUAAUUUCAAAAUUUCUUGUAUUAAGAGAAUGGCCGUGGGCAUUGAUACUGUCAUAAACCAUCUGCUUCCAAAUUGUUACUUUCUGUGACAUUUUAAUUUACUUGUCCUAAUAAGGUAUUGGUAUCUCUAUGAGAUAUUUCUGAUGCUGGGGAAUAUUCUGGACAGUUGGCCUGGCUAUUCCUGUGAAUUUAAGGCUAGCUGUUGCAGCUAACUGCCCCUGCCUGUAGGUAGUCAAACCUCUGUGAUAUCAGACAGGGAAGCCGACUUCUACUUGAUAAUUCAUGCCUUUGUAACAUGGAUACCACCAGUACACUGGUUCAUCUAGACUGGACUUUUUAAUCUAAGGCUUAAAUUUAAUUUUGGGGCAAUAUAUACCCUAAAAUGAAGCAAUGGAAUA